AUGGCCUACAACCGAUCUUACAACCCAGACGAGCUGCCCAGGUUCGCAGAGCCCGAGCCAAAGGGCGGCGCCCCGGCCUCCUCAUCCAGAUACAACAGCAAGCCGCCGCCCCCGCUCCCUCAGCAGAGCGCCCCUCAUCGCAACUCGGACCCGCGACGACUGUCGCCCGCUCAGCAGAACUACCCAGGCACGUCGCCCAUGUCGCCGCCGCCCCCGGCAUCAGGACCGCGCCCGACUGCGCACAACCGUCCGCCACCGAGCAGCCGCCCGCCGCCUUCCCCUGCCCCGCAAGACGGCUCUGACCCGACGCUGCUUCCACUGUUCCGAGCCGUCGACAAGGAUGGCACCGGGCAGCUUUCAGAGAAGGAGCUGAGCGCGGCGCUCGUCAACGGCGACUGGACGGCGUUCGACCCGCACACGGUACGCAUGAUGAUACGGAUGUUCGACAGCGACCGGUCGGGCACGAUCGGAUUCCAGGAGUUCUGCGGGCUGUGGUCGUUCCUGGCGUCGUGGCGGACGCUGUUCGACCGCUUCGACAAGGACCGCUCCGGCAACAUCAGCCCGGACGAGUUCAGCGACGCCCUCAUCGCCUUCCGCUACCGCCUGUCCCCGCGCUUCGUCAACCUGCUCUUCGACACCUACGACAAGCGCAACGAGGGCGUCAUGAGCUUCGACCUGUUCGUCCAGGCCUGCAUCAGCCUGAAGCGCAUGACCGACGUCUUCAAGAAAUACGACGAGGACCGCGACGGCUACAUCACCCUCAGCUUCGAGGAUUUCCUCGAGGAGAUUCUGAAGCAGCUGAAGUGA